AGCAGCGCCAUGGCGGUGGGCAAGAACAAGUGCCUUACGAAAGGUGGCAAAAAGGGAGCCAAGAAGAAAGUGGUUGAUCCAUUUUCUAAGAAAGAUUUGAAAGCGCCAGCUAUGUUCAAUGUAAGAAAUAUUGGAAAAACAUUAGUUACAAGAUCUCAAGGAACCAAGAUCUCAUCUGAUGGCCUCAAGGGUCGCAUUUUUGAAAUGAGCCUUGCUGAUCUGCAGAAUGAUGAAGUUGCAUUUAGAAAAUUCAAGUUAAUUACUAAGGAUGUUCAGGGCAAAAACUGCCUGACUAAUUUCCAUGGCAUGCAUCUUGCCGGUGACAAGAUGUGCAACAUGGUCAAAAAGUGGCAGACCAUGACCGAAGCUCACAUUGAUGUCAAGACUACCGAUGGUUAUUUGCUUCGUCUGUUCUAUAUUGGUUAUACUAAAAAAAGCGAUAAUCAGAUUUGGAAGACCUCUUAUGCUCAGGACCAACAGGUCCUCCAAAUUCAGAAAAAGAUGAUGGAGAUCAUGACCCGAGAGGUUCAGACAAAUGACUUGAAAAAAGUGGUCAAUAAAUUGAUUCCAGACAGCACUGGAAAAGAUAUAGAGAAAGCUUGUCAGUCCAUUUAUCCACUCCAUGAUGUCUUCGUUAGAAAAGUAAAAAUGCUGGGGAAGCCCAAGUUUGAAUUGGGAAAGCUCAUGGAGCUUCAUGGUGAAGGUAGUAGUUCUAGAAAAGCUACUGGGGAUGAGACCAGGGCUAAAGUUGAACGAACUGAUGGAUAUAAGCCACCAGUCCAAGAAUCUGCUUUAAAUGGAGACAUUUAAUGGUGACAAA